AUGGGUUCUGUACAAACUCCAUCACUUCUGAUGUACAAUAAGAUGCUCAAAUCGUUUGCCGAGACUAAAAGCUUCACGAAAGUGUUGGCUUUGUUCGCUGAAUUGCGAGGGAAAGGCUUGUACCCGGAUAAUUUCACUUUACCGGUUGUUCUGAAAUCAAUUGGGCGUUUAAGGAAGGUUUUAGAAGGUGAGAAAGUCCAUGGCUACGCUGUGAAAGCCGGGCUCGAGUUCGAUGCUUACGUAUGCAAUUCACUCAUGGGAAUGUACGCAUCAUUGGGUAAGAUGGAGAUCACUCACAAAGUGUUCGACGAAAUGCCUCAACGAGAUGUUGUUUCUUGGAACGGGCUGAUUUCUAGUUACGUUGGGCAUGGGAGGUUUGAAGACGCCAUUGCUGUUUUCAAACGGAUGAGUCUGGAGAGUAAUUUGAAGCCUGAAGAAGGUACAAUUGUGAGCACUCUUUCAGCUUGUUCUGCUUUGAAGAGUCUUGAAAUUGGUGAAAGCAUUCACAGGUAUGUUGUUGCGGAGUUUGAAAUGAGUGUCAAGAUUGGGAAUGCGUUGGUGGACAUGUUCUGUAAAUGCGGGUGUUUAGAUAAGGCUAGAGCGGUUUUUGAUUCGUUGAGAAGCAAGAAUGUUAAGUGUUGGACUAGUAUGGUCUCUGGUUACGUUAGUAAUGGUAGAGUUGAUGAAGGUAGAGAGUUGUUUGAGAGGAGUCCUGUGAAAGAUGUUGUUCUGUGGACAGCUAUGAUGAAUGGGUAUGUUCAGUUUAACCGGUUUGACGAGGCCUUGGAGCUGUUUCGGUUUAUGCAAACCGAGGGAGUUAGGCUUGAUAACUUCGUGCUAGUCUCUCUUUUAAAAGGUUGUGCGCAGACGGGAGCUUUAGAGCAAGGGAAGUGGAUACAUGGUUACAUAUAUGAGAACGGAGUUAGGGUGGAUAAAGUGGUUGGUACAGCUCUUGUGGACAUGUAUGCGAAAUGUGGGUGCAUAGAGACAGCUCUAGAGGUUUUCUAUGAGACGAAGGAGAGAGACACGGCUUCUUGGACGUCGCUUAUCUACGGUCUUGCCAUGAACGGGAUGUCAGGGAGAGCAAUGGAGUUGUAUGAGGAGAUGGAGAAUCUCGGUGUUGGAUUAGACGAUAUAACCUUUGUUGCGGUUUUAACAGCUUGUAAUCACGGUGGAUUUGUAGCAGAAGGACGUAGAGUUUUCGAUUCGAUGACCAGUGUGCAUAAGAUCCAGCCGAAAGCAGAGCAUUUCAGCUGUAUGAUUGACUUGCUAUGCAGAGCUGGAUUGCUGGAUGAAGCUGAGGGAUUGAUAGAGAAGAUGCGAAACGAAAGCGAUGAAACUCUGGUUCCUGUGUACUGCUCUUUGCUUAGUGCUGCUCGGAACUAUGGGAAUGUGGAGUUAGCUGAACGAGUAGCGGAGAAGCUUGAGAGAGUGGAGGUUAGUGAUUCGAGUGCUCAUACUCUGCUUGCGAGUGUGUAUGCAUGUGCUAAUAGAUGGGAAGAUGUAACGAAUGUGAGAAGGAAAAUGAAAGAUUUGGGGAUCAGGAAGUUUCCUGGUUGUAGCUCCGUUGAGGUUGAUGGUGUUGCUCAUGAAUUUAUUGUUGGAGAUCCAUCAUCACACCCAAAAAUGGAUGAGAUUAAAUCAAUGCUGAAUCAGACUACAAAUUGGAUGUUGAGUUCGGAACAUGAAGAAACUGAAAGUUAA